GAAGCAGAUGGUCUUAGCUAAGGUGUUUAAGGCAAGUGAUUCUCCCGGCCGUCUCGCCCAGAAUAGUCACCUUCUGGCGAGUCUUUAAGGUUUCAGCUUGCUGAAGCACAGCAAGCAACUAGGACUGACUGCAUCAUCUUUUUCCUCCUUGCAAAGUCCCCUUUGCCACCAUGGGGAUAUACCAAGUGAGGUCCACUCAGGGGUGCAGACGGUGAGGGACACAGUAGUCGCGAAUUGCUGCCCACUGUGGUUCUCACAAGCCGCUAGGAAGGCCGGAAUUGAGCACGAAAGCCCCUUCAGUCUUCCUCCUGGAGCCGCUCCAGGGCCUGCGCCACACUCCCCAGUGGACGCGCAAUGGCCGGCUCCCCUCCCGCUACGGACGGACCUAUCGGAGCCUCCACUACGAGGUCACCAUGGAUCGGAUGAAGAAAAUUAAACGACAGCUGUCCAUGACGCUACGCGGUAGCCGAGGUGUAGAAAAGACCAAUGGAGCCCCUGAGCAGAUAGGUUUGGAUGAGAGCAGCUGUGGUGGUGGCAGUAACCUUGGAGAGGCUCCCACUCGUGCUGCCCCUGGGGAUCCUCGCUCAGGUCGGGGGCCACUCAGCUCUGCACCAGAGAUUGUCCAUGAGGACUUGAAGAUUGGGUCUGAUGGUGAAAGUGAUCAGGCCUCGGCCACAUCCUCAGAUGAAGUGCAGUCACCAGUGAGGGUGCGCAUGCGCAACCAUCCCCCACGCAAGAUCUCCACUGAGGACAUCAACAAGCGCCUGUCAUUACCAGCUGACAUCCGGCUGCCGGAGGGCUACCUUGAGAAGCUGACCCUCAAUAGUCCCAUCUUUGAUAAGCCCCUUAGUCGCCGCCUUCGCCGUGUCAGUCUGUCUGAGAUAGGCUUUGGUAAACUGGAGACUUAUAUCAAGCUGGACAAGCUGGGUGAGGGUACCUAUGCCACUGUCUACAAAGGCAAAAGUAAACUCACAGACAACCUUGUGGCACUCAAGGAGAUCAGACUAGAACACGAAGAAGGAGCCCCCUGCACCGCCAUCCGGGAAGUGUCGCUGCUCAAGGACCUCAAACAUGCUAACAUUGUCACACUGCAUGACAUUAUCCACACGGAGAAGUCCCUCACUCUUGUCUUUGAGUACUUGGACAAGGACCUGAAGCAGUACCUGGAUGACUGUGGGAAUGUCAUCAACAUGCACAAUGUGAAACUGUUCUUGUUCCAGCUGCUCCGUGGCCUGGCCUAUUGUCAUCGUCAGAAGGUGCUACAUCGAGACCUCAAGCCCCAAAAUCUGCUUAUCAAUGAGAGAGGAGAACUCAAGCUGGCCGACUUUGGUCUGGCCCGGGCCAAGUCCAUUCCAACGAAGACCUAUUCCAACGAGGUGGUGACUCUGUGGUAUCGACCCCCUGACAUCCUGCUUGGGUCUACUGACUACUCAACCCAGAUUGACAUGUGGGGUGUGGGCUGCAUCUUCUAUGAGAUGGCUACAGGACGGCCCCUCUUCCCAGGCUCCACCGUGGAAGAACAGCUGCAUUUCAUCUUUCGCAUCUUGGGAACCCCCACUGAGGAGACAUGGCCAGGCAUCUUGUCCAAUGAAGAAUUCAAGACCUACAACUACCCCAAAUAUCGACCUGAGGCCCUUUUGAGCCAUGCACCUCGACUUGACACUGACGGGGCUGAUCUCCUCAAUAAGCUGCUGCAGUUUGAAGGUCGCAAUCGGAUCUCCGCAGAGGAUGCCAUGAAACAACCGUUCUUCUUCAAUUUGGGGGAACGGAUACAUAAACUUCCUGACACUACUUCCAUAUUUGCACUAAAGGAGAUCAUGCUACAAAAAGAGGCCAGUCUUCGGUCUUCAUCAAUGCCUGAUGCAGCCAUUGCUCUGCUUUCCCCUGCAGGCAGGCCAGCUUUCCAGGUGGUGGACACCGAGUUCUAAGCCACAGACCCAGGCCCCAGCAGGCAGCAACUGGAGGGAUGCCACACCCCUCACAGGGCAGCCCCCAGCCGCCUCCUUCCUCCUUGUUGCCUGCCUGCCUGACUCAUGCUAGUCUGCCCACAUAUCCCCUGCUGCCUGUUUCAACACCUGAUCAUUGACCUGUCAACCCACCCAUUGGCCUGUCUGUUGGGUGCUAACAAAGCUCUCAUCGCUCCUUGCCUGGUCUGUGUUUCUCUCUGUCUUGGUAGUUGCUGGUGGACAGCAUGGCCGUGCCAGCCUCCCACACUGAGGCCAGGCCUGUAUUCCUCAUCAUCCUUCUCCCCAGGACCACUACCCUAUGCCAGCCAGGCAUCCAGAGCUAGUCCAGGCUGGGGAUCUCGACACAGACAAGACGUGAUGAUGCCUCAGGUCUGAGGCUUACCCCUCCUGCUUUCCUGCCUGCCCCACCUGCCUUGUGUUGUGUGGGAUUUUUGUUUGUUUUGUUAACUCAUUUUUAUUUUAAAUGAGGUUUCCCUUUUUUAAAUGCAAUAUCUCUGUACACAGACCGGCUGGGUCUCACCCCCACAUGUGACCCUGCCACAGUAUUUUGUGCAAUGAAGCCCUACUCCCACUCUCUCCCAGGCAGGGACAUAGCCCUUAUUAAGAACCCUGACCGUCACCAGACCCUGGGGGCAACCAAGGGAAAGCAUGCCUCAUUCAGCCACUCACCUUCUAACCCCCACCUUCAAUCCCCAGCUACAGGGGGACCUGGGGACUACUGGAGAGUCUCUGGGAAAAGGAUGAGGUGUGGGUCCCCCCACUCUUUCCUUCCUGCAGUCCCAUAUCACUGGGAUCUCCUUCUCAGGGUCUCCCUAGCAAGCUCUCCUGCCCCCAUCCCACUUGGUGCUGUUGGAUAAGGGCCCUGCCAGGAACUGACCCAACUCAGGAGCCAGUGUACAUAUGUGCAUAAGCAAGGACAGGGGUGCAUAAGCAAGGACAGUGGGCCCAGGAAUUACUCCCUCACCCCUGCAGAGAGUAAGGCAGGGCAGGGAUUGUCUCUGGGAUCAGAUCCCAGAUGGGUGGUUACCUCUCCUUUCUCCACUUUAAGCCCUGGGACCCUCAAACUGGAUGGGAGACAUGGUGGGGUCCAAGUGAAGUUUUGGGGGUUGGGUUCCUGAAUGCACCAUAAUUACUGUAUGAAAUAUUAAAAAGUCUAAAUGGA